AGAACCCCACAGCAUCAUUUAAUUUGGCUACUUCCGGAGGAGAAUAAUUUCUCCUCUAAAGGUUAAAAAAGGAAAAAAUAAUAAAGGACCUUAUUUCUUGCACCAACGUUCCCUCAGUUGACCCGAAGUUCACAAGCCGGCCGAGCAGGGGUAAAAUGGGCAGUCUCAACACCAACGAUCAGACGGCCAGCACAUGGCCCGGAGUCCAAAGUUCUAACCUAUCGGACGGCCAAAUAAUUACGUUAAUAAUUCCAUUAAGACAAAGUCCAAGGUCUGACCGAAGCUUCUCUCCCCCUUUCGCAUCACGAGGUCAGUGUUGUAAUCUGAACCGUCCAUCCAGCACUGCUCCUUUUUGACUAGAUUCUUCUUCCUUUAAAUUUAUAAAACCAGGCCCUCUUCUUCUUCCUCCACUCACUCACAAAUCUCCUUCUCCUCAGAUCCGAAGCAAGCAACAUGGCUGUCGAUCUCAUCGGAUACACGAAGAUGGACGGCAAGAUUUCAGUGCAGGAGGUGGCGGUAGCGGGGAUUCGGAGCAUGGAGAACUUAAUUUUUCAACUCAACCAUUACCAUAAGUCGUCGGCUUCGUCUUCUUCGACUUCGACGGCGAUUUCCCCAGAAAUGGCUGCGAAUCAGAUCGAUUGCAGGGAAAUUACCGAUCAAACAGUCUCUAAGUUCAAGAAGAUGAUUUCUUUACUUAAUCGUACCGGUCACGCCCGCUUCCGCCGUGGCCCAACCCCGCCUUCUCCAUCAUCUCCUUCAACGACAACGGGAACGGAAACCCCCAACCUCCAGCCCCUUAAUUUCACCAAGCCGAACUCUAUCGGCGGCACAUCAGUAGAAAUCCCCAUCGCCGCUGCGAAGAAGACGCUCACCAUCUCGUCCGCUAAUUCGUCGUUUAUUUCAUCAAUAACCGGAGACGGAAGCGUGUCCUACGGCCGCCAGUCUUCCUCCGCCCUCCAUCCCGCUGCUGCCGGAAAACCCCCUCUUUCCUCAACAUCCUAUAAGAAACGUUGUCACGAACAUGCUAAACCAGAGGAAAAUAUCUCCGUCAAGAUCUCCGCCGUUUCCGGCGGCCGAUGCCACUGCACCAAGCGCAUGAAGAAUCGAGCUAAAUCUGUAAUCCGCGUGCCGGCGAUUAGCUCCAAGAUAGCCGAUAUUCCGGCCGACGAGUACUCGUGGCGGAAAUACGGGCAGAAACCCAUCAAAGGCUCGCCGUAUCCCAGAGGCUAUUACAAGUGUAGCGGCGUGCGCGGUUGUCCGGCGAGGAAGCACGUGGAGCGCGCAACCGACGACCCUUCAAUGCUUAUCGUGACCUACGAAGGCGAGCACAUACAUUCCAAGCCGCCGGUAUCCAUCGUCCUCGAUCCCCAACGCGUGAUCUGAGCCGUUCGAUUCGCCUCUAUUAGAUUGUUUAUUUUGCUCUAAUUUGUUCUUUUCUUUUUCUUUGAAUAUCGUUUUCCCCCGUUGACUAAUUAGCGGGGUGCUGUAAAAAGUCAAGACUCAAGAGUUUGAAUAGAAACAGUAUAUUGAACGAACAGUGUAGAUUUCUCGUAGUUUAAUGAGUGGAGUAGGUUUUGGGGGAUUGGUUGAA